UGGCAUCUCACGUAAAUAUUGACGAAUCUAAGGCUUUUUCCCUACGAAGCUUGAACCCCGACCCCUACUCCUCUCCUAACCAUACUUUGUUCCAUCUUAAUCCUGGCCGUUCAAACUCAGAUGUAGAUCAAGACCGUCGGUUCUCUCUCUUCCCCUCUAUAUAAACAUUUCGUCGUCCCAUUUGUCCCACGCGUUACAACAGAAGGACCUGAAAAAAAAAAAAAAAAAAUACAUAAAAUUUACAAAGAGGAUUAGAGAAUACGUGAAACUCGAGACUUUUUGAGAGAGAAACUUUAAUAACAGUAACAAAGAAUACAAGAUCUAAAUUACUUUCUCUGUAUUUCUUCUGUCUUAAUUUCUUCUGGAUCUUGGAUUUACGGCCUUGCCGGAGUAAAAUCUGUCCAAAAUCUAUUUUCCGUGUUUUUUUUAUUUAUUUUUUGGUUCCUUUUUCUCUUUUGCUUUGAAUUAAGAGAGAGGAAUUCGAACGCCCAACGGUCGGGUGCGUUUGAAUUUUUGGAAUAGUGUUUGGAUAUAAUUGAGAUGAACGAGCAACCGAAAAUGAUGAACCAACAACAUCAGAUGAACUUGAAUCCGAAUAUGAUGAGUAUGAGUCAAAUGAAUCCGCAGCAGCAGCAGCAGCCGCAGAUGCUUCCAAUGAAUCGGAGCUUCGGAAUUUGGCCACCACCGCCGCAGUUUCAGAACCCAAACCCUAACCCCGGUGCUAUGAAGCCACCGUCUUCUGCUUUUAAAAAGCCUCUUGGUCCGAGGAGUAAUUGGAAGGGCAAGAGGGUAAAUAAACCCAAUGACAAGAGGAGGAAUGAGCAGCAGAAGCCCCUGAACCCUGGCCCUAGCGGCGGUGGAAUUGCCGGAAGUGUCAACAUAGUCGGCGGCCUCGGCGGUGUUGGGAAUCUGAAUUUUAAUAACUACCAGCCUCCAACUCUGGUCGAUUUGCAGCAGCAGAACCGAUUGAAGACCCGGAAGUUCUUUCCGAAAAAGAAGUUCAACAAUAAGAACAUAAAUAUGGGCAUGAACAUGAAUAUGAAUAUGGGUGCCAAUAAUAAUAAUAAUAAUAACAACAACAACAAUUACAAUAAUAGCAGGUCGGCCCCCUUUGCUCCAAGGAAUACGACUUCCUUCCUAAUUAGGGCGAAAAAGAGUGGCGGUAUUGCAUCGUUGGUUUCUCCUUCUCCGAUGACACCUGCUGUUUUGCCGACUCCCAUUUUCUCUCCAUCUAGGGAGGUUUUGGUGGACAUGGCGAAAGAAGAAUGGGGUGUUGAUGGAUAUGGUUCCAUGAAGGGGUUGAUUAGGCUGAGGUCGCCCGGUCAUGACAUGGAAGGUCACGAGGAUGAAGACGAAGAUGAAGGAGGUUCGAGUGAGAGCGAUGUGGAGGAGCAUGUGGAAGUGGAGAGGAGGUUGGACCACGAUUUGAGCCGUUUCGAAAUGAUUUACAAUCCGAAUAAUAUCAACGUGAGUGGGAUGGAGUACCACAACGUGCUUGAAAAUCGAGUGGAUGAUCAGGACACUCAUAUUGCGCAGCUGGAGGACGAGAACUUGAUCUUGAAAGAAAGGUUGUUCUUGAUGGAGAGGGAGUUGGGGGAUUUGAGGAGGAGGAUGCAGCUUUUGGAGAGGAGGGGCAAUCGAGGGGGGGAGGAGAUUAACGAGGAGGUGGUGGAGAAUGACUCGGAAAACGAGAGUGGGAGUCGUGGAGAAGAGGGAGCUCAUUCAAUGGAGGACAAUAAUGACGGCUUCAGUGGAGAUAAUGAAGUUCGUGUCGAUGGUCAAGAUUCUGAAGAUAAAAGUGAUGUGUCUGGUUCGGAGAAGAAAGCGCAUAAUAACGAUGAUGCUCCUGCUGAAUCUGAUAAGAAUGUUGAUGUUACAGAUUUUGAACAAGAAGACAAGAAGGGAGGGUUUAUUGAGGAAAGUAAGGAUGAGGAAACGAAGAAAGAUAGAGAAGAGAAUGGUAAUUGUGGGGGUGAGGACGAGUGUGUGGAUAUGGUGAAGGCUACGGAUAAUAGUGGUACUGAGUCGUGUGAAACUGUGGUGGUAGGAAGAGAUGUUUGCAUGGAAGAUGUUGGUGUAGCAAAAGACGAAACGGUUUCACGAAGAGAUGUUGCAAAUUCAAGUGUUACAGAGGUUAAUGAAAGCUGAAAGAAAGUUGUCCCUUGUCAACUUGUGUGAUUUGAACUUGGUAAUGUUGAAUCUGGGUGUGUAGGUAUCUAGUUAAAUAUCCCUCAAGUUCGAGCGAAGAGAGAGAAAGCUGGUUUAGUGGUGUUUUUUUGUCAUUGGACUGUUAAAAAACUCGAUGCGUAGCUCCUGUCACUUAAUGUUCUGUGCUUCUCUCCUUUUAAUUUUUUUUUGUUGUGUUUUUUUUUUUUUUUUCAUGUUUAGUGGAGGGAUAUGAUGAAUCAUCAGUCUUCUGCUUUUAGACGGUUGCUGAUAGGGUUUCUUUCUCUCGAGGCUUGACCAUGUAAUGUAAUCCGUUGUUUUUGUUAAUGAACCUGUGAAUCUUGAAUAAUCCCCUCAAUACUCUUGCUAAA